AUGAUUGAGGAGAGUGGGAAGAGGAGGAGGACAAUGGCAGAGAAGAGACAGCUGUUCAUGGAAAUGAGAGCACAGAAUUUUGAUGUCAUCAGACUUUCAACGUAUCGAACAGCCUGUAAACUGCGGUUUGUACAAAAAAGAUGUAAUCUUCAUCUUGUUGAUAUCUGGAAUAUGAUUGAAGCCUUCCGAGAUAAUGGCCUUAACACUUUGGAUCAUAACACAGAGAUCAACGUGUCUCGACUAGAAACAAUCAUUUCAUCCAUCUACUACCAGCUAAACAAACGCCUUCCUUCUACUCACCAAAUCAGUGUAGAGCAAUCCAUCAGCCUCCUCCUCAACUUCAUGAUAGCAGCAUAUGACAGUGAAGGCCAUGGGAAGCUGACGGUGUUUUCAGUGAAAGCGAUGUUAGCAACGAUGUGUGGUGGUAAAAUACUGGACAAACUAAGAUAUAUUUUCUCUCAAAUAUCAGACUCAAAUGGACUAAUGAUUUUUACAAAAUUUGAUCAGUUUUUGAAAGAAGUUCUAAAACUUCCAACAGCUGUGUUUGAGGGGCCUUCUUUUGGAUACACGGAGCAUUCUGUACGGACCUGUUUCCCACAACAAAAAAAGAUCAUGCUAAACAUGUUUUUAGACACAUUGAUGGCUGAUCCACCUCCUCAGUGCCUUGUGUGGCUGCCUCUCAUGCACAGACUUGCCCAUGUUGAAAAUGUCUUCCAUCCCGUGGAAUGUUCGUACUGCCGCUGUGAGAGCAUGAUGGGUUUCCGGUACCGAUGCCAGCAGUGCCACAAUUACCAGCUCUGUCAAAACUGUUUCUGGCGUGGCCAUGCAAAUGGUCCCCACAGCAACCAGCACCAGAUGAAGGAGCAUUCCUCUUGGAAAUCACCUGCAAAGAAGCUGAGCCAUGCAAUUAGUAAAUCACUUGGUUGUGUACCAAGCAGAGAACCACCUCGGCCCAUGUUCCCUGAGCAGCCAGAAAAGCCCCUUGAUCUGGCACAUAUAGUUCCUCCUCGGCCUCUGACUAACAUGAAUGACACCAUGGUGACCCACAUGUCCUCUGGAGCACCUACACCAACAAAAAGGUUACAGUGCAUCCCGGAGGCUGCCGGCCGAGUAGCUGAUGAGCAUGCACUGAUCGCCAGCUACGUGACCCGACUGCAGAGCGGUGCAUGUGUCCUGGACAGCCCCGGCCGGCUGGACGAGGAGCACAGGCUGAUCGCCAGGUACGCUGCCCGGCUGGCCGCCGAAGCUGGGAAUGCACCUCGCCCACCAGCAGACCUGGGGUUCAGCUUUGAUGCCAACAAACAACAAAGGCAGCUGAUAGCAGAGCUGGAAAACAAAAACAGAGAGAUACUCCAAGAAAUUCAGCGUCUCAGGCUGGAACAUGAACAAGCCUCUCAACCCACGCCAGAGAAAGCCCAGCAGAACCCAACUUUGUUGGCUGAACUCCGGCUCCUACGGCAGAGAAAAGAUGAGCUGGAGCAGAGGAUGUCAGCACUGCAGGAGAGCAGGAGAGAGCUGAUGGUGCAGCUGGAAGGGCUGAUGAAGCUGCUCAAAGAAGAAGAGCAAAAGCAGGCAGCGCAGGCAGCAGGCUCAGCACACUCCUCGCCCACCCACGGCGCCGGCCACCCCAUGCCCAUGCCUGUCAGAUCCACCUCCGCCGGCUCCACCCCCACCCAUGGCCCACAGGACACGCUGGCAGGUCUCAGGGGAGAUGUGCAGGAAGCUUUCACACAAGGUACGAGGAGGAACCUCCGCAAUGACCUGCUGGUAGCAGCCGAUUCCAUCACCAACACCAUGUCAUCCCUGGUGAAGGAGCUUCAUUCUGCAGAGGAAGAAGAUGAAGAAGAAACAGAGAAAAUGCAGAAUGGGAAGGAGCAAGGAGAUCUGCUUUCCAUCUCCGUUUGGAGCCCUGGAAGGUGGCUCCAGGUGGAAGCAGCUCCUGUGGCUGCUGUCACAUCACCCGCAGACACGGGACAGGUUUUUCUGCCUGCUCUGGUCUUCACCACAAUCCACUUGUUCCUGGAGGACAGGAAUGAGUCUGUCCUCAGAAUGAGGUUGCAGAUGACACCAAGCUGGCAGGAGCAGCUGGCUCAUGCUGCUGUCCUGAGGGACCUCAACAGUCUGGAGAAGCAGGCUGGCAGGAACCUCCUGCAUCUCAACAAGGAGAAGUGCAAAGUCCUUGAACAGCUUCAGGCCCCAGGAUGGGCUAGAGGCCACCUGCACACAGGGAAGAUCCUGAGGAUGCUUGUGAACCCCAAGCUGACCAUGAUGCAGCAACGUGCAAUGAAGGUGAAUUGUUUCCUGAGCUGGCAAAACAUUGCCAGUGAGGAGAGGGCAUCUUCUUUUCUUGGCACUGGUUAA